AUGUUUGAUUUUUGCACGAAGGAGGUGACGACCGGCCGUUUGACCCGCCGCCGGCAAGGGCGACGUCCUGCCGAGGCGUCGCCGGUGAGGGAUGAACGUCCUCGCCGGCGGCGUCCUGUUGAGGCGUCGUCGGCGACGGACGAACGUGCUGGCCAAAUUUUGUGGCUCUCACUGAUUAUAUAUUCUUUGUUUUGCCCCAAGUAG